AUGCCGCCAAAAGAGGUCGUUGCGGAGGGUAUUGCUCUUUAUUUCCAAUACUGCCACAAGCAACCUCUAUGGCUCUUCCUUCCAGAUAGUCUUUCCAUUCCAGAACAAUGUCGCAGCGAGGUGUUAUUUGGCAUACUCAGUCUCGCGUUGCGCUACUCGAACGAUCCGUUUCUGGACGGACGAACAGACCAGAUGUGUCGGCAAUACGCCGAGGCCGCUCGCAGCUAUGUCAUGUUCCGAAUAGUCCAGGGGACCGUGGACCUCUCAACCUUACAAUGUCUCUGUUUGAUUGCAUUAGCUGAAUACAUUGGUGAGAUCCAUCCUGGACUGACAAAGUCACACGUCAUUAAUGUGCCCUUAGCUAAUGACACCCAUCUCGCUUGGCUACACAUUGGUCUUGCCACAAACCUCGCCAAAUGUGCAGGUCUCGACAUUGAGCAGCACGAAGGCGAAUCCACGCCUGCAUUGGAGGAGCGGCGAAGGGUGUUCUGGAGCAUCCAUCUUCUUAAUCAGCAAUACGCUCCCCACAGCAUGCAGUUGAAUAUGCUGCGGGACAUUCACAACCCGAAGUACAUGGCUGUCAACAUCGACUCUCCACGGGAGAUGGGGAUGAAGCCACCUCAGAAUCCUCAGAAAAACGAUGCCUUAGGAGGAAUCUGGGUGUACAUGGUGCAGUUAUCCACUCUUUGGAGCGAAGUGCAGCAUUACGUUUCGCACUGUGCCAGCGGAGACCCCAUGCCACCUUGGUCUGUGGACUCUGGUUACUGUAUCAUCGGGGCUCACCUGAUGGACAUUGAAACAAAGUUUCCCACCUCCCAUCGAUACGAUUCUGUACGGUUUCAGGAGCGUUCGCCAGAAGAAUUAAAUCGUGCCCGUGAGUACUGGAGUCCCUGGCUGUACCUCCAGUUCACCUACCAUGCAGUGCACAGCGUCUUGAAUCACCCUUUCCUCUACUCGUGGCGACCUCAGCAGUCUGCUCAGCUUGCAGUACCAAACACCUUCUGGAAGACAUCAUCGGAGCUGGCACUCAUCCACACAACGUGGACGGCUCGCCUCAUUGACAUGAUCACCGAGAAGGAAUACCAACUGUCUGACCCUUUCCUUGGCCAUGUCGUGGCGAUCGCCGCCACGAUCCUUAUUUACUACUGUCGUGCCGCGGAUCCCACUGUGAGGGACUCUGCUCAAAGGAAGCUGGAGACGUGCACGAGAUUCUUGAGUGACUUGGCCACCAAAUGGCCCCGAGUCCAGGCAAUUGUGAGUCCUCAUCCCUCCCCUGGGCCGAUCUUCUAA